AUGACAUGAUUUUAGGAUCUUCAUAUAAUAAUAAAGGAGGAACUAAUAGUGUUGUUUGUAGAAGCUAAGAUGAUAAUAAUGAAGUAGUAGAACAAGUAGAGAAAACUUUGCCACUCUCUCUCUACUAUUCUUUUAUGUAUGUCCACCAACAAAACCCACUGAAGCAAAUUAUCAUGAUGAAACUCCCUCUGCACCCUGCACUCCAAAAAAGUGAUUGUCUUCCUCAUCAAAACCUUCAUUCCCUUAAAUCUACUACCUCCAUAAACACCACCAUAACCAUAUUCUCAUCCACAACCUUUUCCACCCCAAAACCAUGAAGACACCUUUCUUCUUUUCCUUCUCCCUCUUCUUCUUCUUCUUCUUCUACUGCCACACCCUACUUGUCUUCUCUGCUACCACCAUACCCCUCCAACUCAUCUCUCUACUCUCAAUAAAAUCAUCCCUCAUAGACCCUAACAACAUCCUCCAUGAUUGGGACCCUUCUUCAUCCUUCUCCUCCAACACCGAAAACCAAGACCACCCUAUAUGGUGUUCAUGGACAGGCAUCAUUUGCCACUCAAAAACAUCACAAAUCACCACCUUGGACCUCUCAAACCACAACUUCUCAGGCACAAUCUCACCCCAAAUCAGGUACCUAACUACCCUCAACCACUUGAACCUAAGUCGGAAUGUCUUCAGUGGAACCUUCCAAGCUGCAAUCUUUGACCUCAGCGAACUCAGGACUUUGGAUAUCAGCCACAACUCCUUCAACUCAACGUUCCCACCGGGGAUAUCUAAGCUCAAGUUCUUGAGAGUCUUAAAUGCUUACAGCAACAACUUCAUUGGACCUCUCCCACAAGAACUCUCCGUGCUUCGCUUCCUUGAACACCUCAACCUUGGAGGAAGCUACUUCAAUGGCACAAUCCCACCAAGUUAUGGCUCCUUGGCCAGACUCAACUUCUUAUACCUCGCCGGGAACUCAUUGGUAGGUCCAAUUCCACCGCAACUAGGCCACCUCAGACAGCUACAACACAUGGAAGUUGGUUACAAUCCAUUGGAAUCAACAUUACCAACAGAGUUAGCAAUGUUAACAAAUCUCAGCUACUUGGACAUCUCAAGUACUAACAUCACAGGUCCUCUGAUUCCAGAACUUGUUGGGAACUUAACAAUGCUGGAGACACUGUUGCUGUUCAAGAAUAAGUUAACGGGUGAAAUCCCAAGAAGCAUAGGGAACUUGAAGUUACUGAAAGCUCUUGAUUUGUCAGAUAACAAACUCACGGGUUCAAUUCCGGAAGAAAUCUCAAUGCUGAAGGAACUCAACUUCUUGGGCUUGGAACUGAACAAUCUAACAGGGUCAAUUCCACAAACAGUUGGUGACCUUCCAAACUUGAACUUCCUCCUUCUCUUCAACAACUCACUCACCGGAAUUCUUCCUCAGAAGCUCGGCUCCAACGGUUUGUUAAAGAAAGUGGAUGUUUCAACCAACUUUCUAGAAGGUCCCAUUCCUCCAAACCUCUGCAACGGCAACAACCUCAACAGGCUCAUCCUCUUCUAUAACCGUUUUAACGACUCGCUUCCGAGUUCACUUGUUAACUGUAUCUCCCUCUCCAGGGUUCGCAUUCAGAAUAACCGCUUCAACGGUCAAAUUCCAUUAGGUCUUGGUCAACUCCCUAACCUGACGUUCCUUGACAUCAGCGACAACGAAUUCACCGGGAGAAUUCCCGAGGAUUUCGGCAAUGCCGUAAGGCUUCAGUUCUUGAACAUCUCCGGCAACGCGUUUGAGAGCGCGUUGCCGAGCAACAUAUGGAACUCCACCAGCCUCCAGAUCUUCUCCGCUGCGGGUUCCAAGAUCACCGGUGAGAUUCCCGACUUCGUAGGGUGCAAGAACAUAUACAGGAUCGAGUUGCAGGGGAAUUCACUUAACGGAAGCAUUCCGUGGGAUAUUGGAAACUGUGAGAAGCUGAUUCAGCUGAAUCUGAGUAGAAACUCGCUCACCGGAAUCAUUCCAUGGGAAAUCUCAGCGCUGCCUUCGAUCACCUACGUGGAUCUCUCGCACAACUCGCUCACCGGAACUAUUCCUUCGAACUUCAACAACUGCACCACGCUAGAGAACUUCGACGUCAGUUUCAACUCCCUCACCGGACCUAUACCUUCGUCGGGGAUCUUCCCGAACCUCCACCAGUCGGAAUUCUCCGGCAACCCCGGCCUAUGCGGCGGCAUGGUCGCGAAGCCAUGCGCGGCUGAGACGCUAGGCUCGGAGGACAACCAGGUCGACGGUCGACGACAGCAGCCGAGGAAAACUGCCGGCGCGAUCGUGUGGAUCGUUGCGGCGGCGUUCGGGAUCGGAGUUUUCGUCCUCGUAGCGGGGACACGGUGCUUCCACGCGAAUUACGGCCGCCGUUUCGGUAACGACGGGCAGGAGAUGGGACCGUGGAAGUUAACGGCGUUUCAACGACUGAAUUUCACGGCGGAGGAUGUGUUAGAGUGUUUGUCGAUGUCUGAUAAGAUCUUAGGGAUGGGGUCCACUGGAACGGUUUACAGAGCGGAAAUGCCAGGUGGCGACAUCAUAGCGGUUAAGAAGCUGUGGGGAAAGCAAAAGGAGAAUAUCCGACGGAGGAGAGGGGUGCUUGCUGAGGUGGAGGUGUUGGGGAACGUGAGGCACAGGAAUAUAGUGAGGCUGUUAGGGUGCUGCAGCAACAGAGAGUGCACCAUGCUGCUUUACGAGUACAUGCCCAAUGGGAACUUAGAUGACUUGUUGCAUGGCAAGAACAAGGGUGAUAAUCUCGUUGCUGAUUGGUUCACUAGGUACAAGAUUGCCCUUGGUGUGGCGCAGGGGAUUUGCUACCUUCACCAUGAUUGUGAUCCUGUUAUCGUGCAUCGUGAUCUAAAACCUAGUAAUAUAUUGCUAGAUGCUGACUUGGAGGCCAGGGUGGCGGAUUUUGGGGUGGCUAAAUUGAUCCAGACCGAUGAAUCCAUGUCUGUCAUCGCUGGAUCAUACGGCUACAUUGCCCCCGAAUACGCCUAUACUCUUCAAGUGGAUGAAAAGAGUGACAUUUACAGCUAUGGGGUGGUGUUAAUGGAGAUCUUAAGUGGAAAACGUUCAGUGGAUGCAGAAUUUGGAGAUGGGAAUAGCAUUGUUGAUUGGGUGAAGUCAAAGAUAAAGAGCAAAGAUGGGAUAGAUGAUAUAUUAGAUAAGAAUGCAGGUUCAGGGUGUUCCUCAGUGAGGGAAGAGAUGAUACAAAUGCUUAGAAUUUCAUUGCUUUGCACAAGCAGGAACCCAGCUGAUAGGCCUUCAAUGAGGGAUGUAGUGUUGAUGCUUCAAGAAGCCAAGCCCAAAAGGAAGUUGCUUGAUCUGGAUAGUAUUGUUAUAGGUCGAUGUGGCGGCGGCGGGGACAAUGUGGUGGUUGGUGGUGGUGAAAUUCCUUUGGCACAAAAGGCCACGGCGGAAAGCUAAUUAAUGCAAUGUGUUCAUAUAUGAUUUCAAUGUUUUUCUCUUUUUAUAUUUUCUUUUCUUUUCCUUUCUUUUUUGGUGGGGAUUUUUUUUCUUAUUGUGGGGGGAUUGGUAUAGGAGAAAGUGAUUUUCUAUUUUUUAACUUCCAAUGGAAUUUCAAGUGUUACUUGUCC